ACUGAUGGCAGAGCAGGCAUUGGAAAGACCGAAUGGGGGCUGAAUGGAGAUUAAUUUGACCCAUUCCACCCCCAAUUUCCACCAGCAUGCCCCUAUCAAUGCCCAGGAGGGACCCAGGGACCCAAAUUCAGCAAUUAAUUUGGGCCACAUCCUUUUGUCCAUUUUCCAGGAACUAGCAGAAGCUACCACCAUGGACACUGUAAAUCACAGAGGCCUUUGAUGAUGCUCCCUCAGAGGGCUGAGCAGCAGGACUCUUAGCUGGAGGCCAGGAAGGGCAUCUUGGCCUGAAACCAAGAACCACAAUGGCAUUGGCCACUAGUGUCACCUGCCCUCCCCCAUCCCUCUCUCCCAUCCCUACUCCCCACUCAGUCCUGCUCAGUGCCUUCCCACCCCUUGUCUUUUCUCUGGUCAGCUGUGUAGUAAGUGGGAAGGGAGGGGCUACCAGAGGCAGGGAAGGGAGGAGCCUUUGGGUUUAUAAGUUCCAAAAAGGCCACUCAACUCCCAGAGCUGGAUCCUUGAAAAUCUACCCUAUCAGCUGCUGUGGUUGCCACCAUUCUCAGGACCCUCGCCAUGAAAGCCCUUCUGCUGCUCACCCUGUCUGCUCUGCUCUGCUGGGUCUCAGCUGACAUUCGCUGUCACUCCUGCUACAAGGUCCCUGUGCUGGGCUGUGUGGACCGGCAGUCCUGCCGCCUGGAGCCAGGACAGCAAUGCCUGACAACACAUGCAUACCUUGGUAAGAUGUGGGUUUUCUCCAAUCUGCGCUGUGGCACACCAGAAGAGCCCUGUCAGGAGGCCUUCAACCAAACCAACCGCAAGCUGGGCCUGACAUAUAACACCACCUGCUGCAACAAGGACAACUGCAACAGCGCAGGCCCCCGGCCCACUCCAGCCCUGGGCCUUCUUUUCCUUACCUCCUUGGCUGGCCUUGGCCUCUGGCUGCUGCACUGAGACUCAUUCCAUUGGCUGCCCCUCAUCCCACCUGCCUUGGCCUGAGCCUCUCUCCCCGUGUCUCUGUAUCCCCUGGCUUUACAGAAUUGUCUCUGCCUAGCUCCUAUUUCUUUAAUUAAACACGGUUCCGAGUGGCCUCCUCAUCCAUCCUUCCCACCUCACACCCUUCACUCUGCUUUUUCUGGGUCCCUUCCCACUUCCUUCCAGGGCCUCCAUUGGCUCCCAGAAGGGCUCCCCACUUUGCUUCCUACACUCUACUGUCCCCUACUUGAGGAGGGAUUGGGAUCUGGGCCUGAAAUGGGGCUUCUGUCUUGUCCCCAGUGAAGGCUCCCACAAGGACCUGAUGACCUCACUGUACAGAGCUGACUCCCCAAACCCAGGCUCCCAUACAUACCCCAUCCGCCAUACUCACCUCUUUCCGUUUUGAGUAAUAAAUGUCUGA